AUGAUGCAGCAGAUCUUCCUCGAGAGGGAGGAGGAGGAACGCUGUGUGCGCAUGGAGGAGGAGGAGCCGCUCGCCCACUCCGCCUUUCAGGCCUUUGACGUUCCAUCCAGGAGGGGCAUGUCCUUCGGCCAAUCGCUUCUGAAAUCCAUGGGUAGCGCCUUCGGUGGCGGCGCCUCCAUGGAGAAGUGUGCCGCGGCUCCGGUCUUGGAGGUCGAGCGGCGCUCGAUGGCUGUGCCACGGCCGAGCUGCGCAGCCGGGAAAGGCAUGGCCAAGGGAAGAGGCAACAGCAUCCAACUGAGUGCUGCCCCUACCGGUGCCGCCAGUGGUGCUGCCAGCGGUGCUGCCAGCGGUGCUGCCAGCGGUGCUGCCAGCGGUAGCGGUGCCAGCGGUGCCGUCCCAGCGAAGCCCAGUCACGCGGCAACCUCACCAGGCCCAGUGGAGCCAGGGAUGGCUGAAGCAAUGGAGGUGGAUGACAUGGGCCGUGAUUACACGCAAGUGCCCAAGCAGCUGGACGAGCAGUUCGAAAGGCUCGCUCCGGAGAGUGCCUUGCGCCCGACCAUCAUCAACCCUGGACGCAUGUGGCCUAAGCGCUCUCAGCCGGCCUUGCUGGCAGAGAGGAAGACGGAGAACUUGACCACCGAAGAGCAGAAAAGGGAGAAGGAUGCCGCAUUCGACCUGCUGGACGCGAUCACCAAAUCCGGAGCGCUGCCCUUGAGUCAUGCUAGUAUGCACAUUGUGGUGGCGGCGACUCAUUGCUUUGACAAGACGGUGACUGAAACGGUGAUCCAGGAGAAUCUCAACCCCAUUGAACAGGUCGAAUGUUCCAGCUUGAUUAUCGCAUCCACGGUCCACCAGCAGCCAGUGGCCGCGAUGAUCAAAGACUCCUGUCACGCGCGCAUCAAAGCAGUGCCUGAUCGGCCGCACUUCCAUCGGAGCUUCAACGUCUCCAGGAACGGAACCUCGUUGGUGCCUGGCUACAACGUGGCGGUGCUGUUCCCGGUCUACAGGUAUGUGGACCCAUGUCAGUUCUCCAAAGCCAAGAGCAGCUGCAUGCCUAAGGCGACGAAAGACUUCAAGGCGCAGGCGGAGCAGAAAGCCGCCGAGAAGCGUCGUCUGGGGGCCCAAGAGACGCAUGGUACCGUUGGAAUGCGCGCCUCUGAUUGGGUCGAGGAGAAAACUGAAGAGGGUGAGACGAUCUUCCGCAACCAGAGUUGGACACUCAGCUGCAGCCAAGGCCAGCGGGAACCGCAGAUGGCCUCUGCUCCCUUUGGGAGCGUUGGGCUCCCUCAGCGGUUGGGCGCCGUUUGGGGGCGCCGGGUGAGUUGGUCGCCGCACGCGGGCCGGGAGUUGGGCGCUUUCCCCGACCUUUGGUUCAAUGGCCGCCUCACCGACGGUCCCAGCCGGUGCGCGUCCGCCCUGGGCAAAGGGCGAGAAGACCUCAAAGGCAACAUCGAUCUUUGGUGCUUGGCCAACGUUGAUUUGCGUUUACGUGGGCCAGCGCCGGCGGACUAUGGCGCUGUGGAGUCUGGUGAGAAUGGAAAGAAAGGCGGGAUCGUCACAGAGGAGGAACGCGCCAAACAGCGGGCCAAGCCGUCCCUCAGCGUGAGCACAGUCAUGGAAAGACUUACCACCCUUGCUCCUUCCGUGGUUUCUCUUUGGAGCUUCAGCAGCAGUCAAUGCGAGUUCCGCGCAGGGCAUCGCAUGGAAAAACCGAUGGAAGAUCGCCUCUUCAAAGCCUUCAAGGCUUGUGAUUUGGGUGCUCAUGGCAAUCUCUUUGGCGUGUUUGCACGGCCUUUUUCUCCGGAGACCGCAUUUUCCAGGUUUUCCAGGGCGCCAGCAUGGAAGGUUCUAAGCUUCGUGUGCAUGGGUGUGACCGCCGUGGGCUGGGGCAUGGGGCUCUAUGACGAGGCCAAGUACUUGUACCCCUUCCAUUUCUAUGAGCGAAGCCCUAGCUAUUUGUCAGUGGACCUCACUUCAAAGCCCGGGUCCGUGGGAGAUGCAGGCUUCCUUCGAUUCCAAGAUGGCACCCAUGUGGACAGCACGCGUGGGGUUGGCUUCGUCUCCGGAGCCCUUUGGUGCGCUGUGCAGAACGAUUCCGUGACCUCUGCCAGCUAUUGGGCCGUGGGCAAGGACUGCUGCCGGAUGAGAGCUUGGUUCAAUUGUGGCGAUGCUAUGAACCAAAGCGUCCGCAGUGGUGUGGUGAUCCGAGACGCCAGUCCAAUACUUAAAGGCGAGCUGCCGCAGUACAUGGCGGCUGCACGGAUGGCUGCUGAGACCUAUGGUAUGAACCUUCCUCCGGAUCCGGUCUUCAUCCGCUGGAAUGACACGCCGGAGGCCAAUCAAGCCUGGUAUUGGAACAAUGCAGUGAGCUUUGUGAUUUAUUCGCUCUUGGUCUUCUUGCUAUUGGCACCAUUGUUCCUGCUUUUGCUGACCUGCACCGGAGCCUCCCUUUUCGGCAUGGAGGCGAGCGAGAGGUUCCAUCCAGAGAAGUUGGAUCUAAUCAGCUUUGGCUUUGACUGGACGCCCCGAGCAUAUCCUGGCUACCUUCGCCAGGACUUGCUGAACAAUCGGAGCUUCUGGACUGGGGAAAUCAUCGAAGACUACCUGUUUCACGCAGCGAAUCGCCAUGUGUACUUGAGCUGCUUGCUGAGCCAUCCAGCACAUCCAUACAAGAAGUGGCAGCGCAUCAUUGUGGCAGGAGUUGAUCAUGGUUUUGGCACGGCAAUUUCACUCAAUUGGUGUUCUUCACUGUCCAUUUGGACCUGA